AGUAGGCUGCGUCGCUGCUGCUGCGCGUGUUUUUGUUGUUUUUUUUCCCCUCUCUCCAGGAAGUCUGGAAGUUGAGCAGAAGGCCAGAGAGGACAGCGCGGAGACGGAGGGCCAGAAAGGCGCCAGAAAUGGCUCGGUUCGGGAACAUGCUGAGCGGGUUCUCCAUCGCUCAGCUGUCGGAGCUGCUCGAAGACGACGAGAAGCUCAACAAGAUCGUGGAGGACGUUGAUGAGGUGAAGGAGGUGCAGCAGAGCAAGGACAUGAUCCUGGCCGGUAACCGGAGCCUGGCCGAGCAGAACCUCAGCCUACAGCCGAGGCUGGACCAUCAGAAGAACGAGCUCACCAAGCGCUACCGCUGUCUACAGGAGCAGUUUGAGGCCUAUCAACUGCGGAAGUCCACACUAGACCACAAGUCUGGCAGCAGUUCCUUGGACACUCUUCUCGCACUGCUACAAGCAGAAGGGGCCAAAAUCGAGGAGGAAACGGAGAACAUGGCUGAAUCUUUCCUGGAUGGCGACGUGAGUCUCGACACCUUCAUCGACGAGUACCAGAGCAAGCGGAAGCUGGCCCACCUGCGGCGAGUGAAGAUCGAGAAGCUUCAGGAGAUUGUGCUGAAGUCCCCUCAGCUUCUCCAGGCUGUACCCCAGCUGUGCCGUCCUGCGGCGGAACCAACUCCCAAACCCGUCCCGCUCCCGAGAGAGAUCAAUGGCUCCCCGGCCCCCCUCCCCCAGCCAAGACGGGCCCCUCCGCUGCCACCAAUCAAAACCCCCCCAGCAGCACCUGCACCCCAGCCUCCUACUGCGAUUUCCUACCCAGGUACUCCAUACCCUCCUAUCCCACCCAGAGUGGGUCAAACCCCACCAAAUCUCAAUAUCGGAUACCCUUCCGUCUGCAUGCCCCAGUACACCCCGCCAGUCCCUCAGAGACCAGCACCACGUUUGGCCCCCCAGCCAGGCUUCAUCUUGCAGUGAUCUACUGGCUCUACUACCCAUCUGGAAGGAACAGUAUAAGCACUGGACAAACACCUGACCCUUCCUGGAGGUUCUCCAGCCGACACUUAGAAGAAUCUUGUGCAUGGAAAUGCUGGAAAUCAAAUAAAUCCGGGGGUCGUAUGGUCAUUUCUGCAGUUAAACACAGUAGCAUCUGGAGUGGGACCCUUUGUUUUUUUUUUCUCCUAAACUUGCACUUUAGACUUUGUGCUUCUGUCAUUGGAGUGAAUCUGAGAUGGCUGGUUACACUCCAGACUUCCGUACUUCAUUUGGUUGUUACGUCAAAUAUGUCCUCUUUUUAGCCAUUUUUUGUGAAUAAUCCCACCUGAAGCCAGGCUGCAGGUUUUUUUUAUAACCGGUAAUCCACUCCAAUGCUUUAGAAACCCCAGUUUGAAUCAGGCAAUUGUUGGUACAACCUGAUUUGGUGGAGUUUCCACUUCUUCCUUGUACAUGUUUGAUUGCGCCAAUCUCGAAAAUAUCUGUAAGUCCACCUUUGUAUCGUCAUACAUUUCAUCUUUGACAAAGCUGCUUCGUCACUAAUGGUGAUGAUGAUGAAGAUGAAGCCUAUGCAAACAACAGAGACCGAACUGUGUCACAAAAAUACCAUUUUGCAUCCCAGGCUUGUAUGCACAGACUUGCAGCCAAAGACAUUUUUCAGUCGACUGGAUUCAGUUCUAGUCAAAGUGCUUGGGUAGAUUAGUUGAAGAUGUGGAAGCAGGACGAAGACUUGUAGCUUGAUUAGAAAUGUGAUUAUGGUGUCAUUGGUAUACAUCGAUUCUAAUGAGUCCGGCAAGGUGAUGGUGACUUCCAGCUGAAAGCUUUAGUUGAUGUUGUUUAAGCUUAAUCUAGGAAAUCUGGGAAGUCGUUGGCCAAUCUUGACCAGCGGUGUCUUCUAGUUCCAGCUUUAAUGUUAAUAGGAAAUUCCACCAAUUCUUCCAAGUUUUUGCAUCAUUAAGAUGUAAAGAAAGUCAUUCAUAGUGGUUUGAUGUGAAAUGGUUCAUUGUAAAAAAAAACAACAAAAAAAAAAACAAAACCAAUUGACUUAAGGGUAUUGAUUUCUUUACAGUGGUGGUGAUAUGAGCCAGGGGCUGUGUUGUCUACAGUGCGUAAAGCCAUUUUGUCCAAGAUGACCAGUGAACCUACACAUCAUCUGAGUUUUUAUGUGUUGAUGUAUUGAAGACGGUACAAUAGUGGUAAAUCCAAAACUAUACGUUUUCUGUGGGGACUCUUUUUGCCUUACAAUGCCGUCUUCCAUGAAUGCGUAUGAAAAAUGACGUUUUAGGCCAAAAUCUUCUCAGAACUAUGCUAAAACAGUGUCUCAGCUUUAUGUAAUAGCUUUCUAUGAGGGAGCUUUUAGAGAGAUUCGCCACUUUGGACGUCUGGUUCCUAUCGCCACCAUUGUGGAUCAUUUUUACUUCUCUAGAGUGAUGCAUUUCACCCCAAACCACAUUGAAUUAAUGCAGAAACUGUUAAAAAAUCCAUGGAAUUCCCUUUUAAGGGAUGGUUUGGUUGGAAAUUAUCUCGCUAAGCUUAACCAGGCUUUCGAUUUAGCCUGCAUUUAAGAAUAUAAGGCCGAGGGAACACGGCACACAGCAGACGAAUGCUGUGGAUCGACAGAACGAAUAGCGGUGCACAAGAGAGCAUUCGAAUCGAUCACUCCUUGAUGCGUUUUGUGUUUGCUUGCACUAUCUUUUAAUAUUGUGACUAACACUGAAAAGCGAAUGAUCUGGUAUGUUUGUCAUUUACCGUUUAAAUAUAGGUAGAUGCUGAAUGUUGCUUUUGGUACAAAGAGGGUUCCCUAGAGUAAGUUAAAUAUUAAUAACAUGUAGGAAUAUUAAUAUUGUUAAAUUUAAAGCUUUCUCUCCAAUACAGCCAUAAUAGCAUUGACUUUGUGAAAGGAAAAACGUCACUGAUUAUAUUUUUGUUUGUUUGCUUUUCUUAUAAGGACAUAUUUAAUAGACUUACUUCUAAUGCCAUCUACCACACAUAUCUGACUCUCCAUGUACCAGUUUACUAAUAAGUCACUCGUAAUGAAGGUGCUGUCUCUCCAUGCCUUACUCUGAGUACGGUGCUUCUUAAGCCAUCAUUUCGAACCACUUCUUGACCCUAUUUUGAGUGGAAACCGAGCGAGCGGCUGAAGCUAGAACUGACAUUUCAGGUUUUACGUCGGCGCUGUGAACUGUUAGCCGCCUAGUGCCUACAGGUAUGAUCGCUAUGUUCACCAUGGCCACGUCACACCUGCUUUUCCUUACCUUUAAAGGAAUGCUCCAGCCUGAGGUCUAUCAGCCUGUUGGUUUCCAUGCACACUUAGCUAUGGAGAAGCUGCUUAAUUCCACAUGCAAAACAUAGUUCAUGAAUACCUCAAAUAUAUUAAAAAAUUAGACUGUAAAUCUGUAUAAUUGGUUCUUUCAGAGAUGGGAGAGAUCCAGAGUAUGCAGUGUAGCGACGUGGGCUGAGUUUUCUCAGGCUAAGCCUGACCGCCAUGGCCGCCAGAAAGCCUUUGCAAAAGUGAAAGUAACCGGCACUACUUUUUUACUGUGUUGCAGCAUUAGAAAGUUGGAUUAGGCCUCAUAAGAACAGCUUUGGUAAGACAUUCUCUCUUGUUUUAUGACCCCAUAAUGCAAACGUUUAUUCACGGAAUUCAGCAGCUGCCCGUUAGCUUAGAUAGAUCCAGAAGCAGCAGAUAGACAUUAGAUUUAAAUUAAAAAAAGCUGGAAUAUUCCUUCAGUUAUUCAAGAUCUAUGGCUGUGAGCACUGCUUUUGUCAUGAAUAUGCUAUUGAUGUGAAUAUAAUCUCAUAAGUGACCUUACAUACCGUACCUUCAGAAAUUAGACUUAAAAAAAGACAUAAACCAUAUAAUCAUGGCUUGUAGUUGUAAGAUAUUAACCACAUAAACGUUGCUAUGUUGAGUUGCUUUACUGUGAAUAGGAUCAGGUUUCUCCUUCACAUCCUAAUGUAGAUAGAGUUGUGCACAAACCUCGACACCCACAUUCAUUCAAAUGCUUCCACUUAAUGCCCCAUAAAUAUAACUGAAGUGCCUCUUAAUGUGAUAGUUUGGCCAAAUAUUUGCACAGUUUCCUCCCCUUCAAUCCAAAUGUAGUGGAUCAGCCAAGACAUAUUUAGGAUCUGAAGUUCGCUUCUUUAGUUUUGCAAUGGAGCUGCAAGGUUAAUGUAGCUAACAAGUAAGGGAAGCCUAUGUACGGUAAUUUACACUGUGCUGCCUCAAACUGUGUCCAGUUGGACAGACGUUCUAGGGAUGUACGGUGAUACUGCAUUCAUGGUAGAAAAAGUCUGAACGGAGUUGACUGGUAUUUCAAUCCAAUAUUUGACGCGUUUACUGUCCUCUGGAAGAGAGGGACGUUUAGCCAUCGCCCCAGAGGUUGAUUUUAAGCAUGAAAAAGUAAAUAUAAUGCUUUGUCCGUAUCGGCGACAGCGUUGACAUGUAUAUCGGCUGUUGGUAUCGGCCCACAGUUUGUGUAUCGAUACAUCCCUAAAGAGUGCAUUGCACAGCUAAGAAACUAGUAGCAUCCAUGGAACCUACAUUUUUUUUUAAUACAUGUUUGAUUGAUUUGAUUGAAUGAUUUCUCAUUUGGCCGAUAAAAUCUAGCCAUGUUAGGGUUGCACAGAUUCAUAAAGUGGCAAUAUAUGUAAGCCUGUUCUUUAUAACUGCUAACAAGUAAUGGAAGCUUAUACGCCACCAAUUAGCAUCAUGAAAACCGCGAACCUGAAUCAUCACACUUACCUCAGAAACAACAUAAGCAAGUAUGUUCGAGGUCACUGAACAAAUGAGCACAGUUUGAGACAAAUACAGUCAUGUGCAGAAGUUUUGGCACCCCUGGUCAAAUGCGAAUUUGUUGGUUUUCUAAGUGAAUAUAAGUGAGCACGUCCUCUACAGAGAACUGCUAAGCAGUUCUUGUUAGCCACAUUAAACUUGUUGCAAAGUUUGGGCACCAGACUUGUUUGGGCUGAUCGACUGCAUUCUGAAGAGGAAUGCUGGGUAAUUUUUUGGACGGAUCACCACUUUAAACUCACUACUGGCCCCUUCAUGAUUCAGUGAUGGGAGAAAGUCGAGUGACGAGCAUUGAUCCUGUGCUGUUCUGCACGGCCUAGUCAUUCAGGCUCACUCCAGGCACUUCACAGACUGAACGUACAGCCCACGUCUAGUCUUAAUUGCAGUGAAACCCGUGACCCAGCCGAAAGGCCUGCCAGCGUCUCCAGGAGCCAGCGUUUCUUCCCUCGUGACUGUUUGUUUGUGUACAUGUUUUUUUGUUUAUCUUUCAGAACCCUCCCUGAUUGUGGCUGUUCGUCAUGCUCCUCAUGUACGAUGUGCUUUGUAUCAUUGCAGUUCAUGUCUGUGGAAAAUAGGUGGAGGUGGUGAAAUGGUCUAAUUUUAAGCUUAAUAAAGGAAAUCAAAGGUUUUGAACGA